UUGACAGGCCUGCUGCUAGGCUCGAGCUGUGGCUGCUGCUGCUGCUGCUAUCACGUUUCCAGAAGUCUCCACAUUUUGCUAGAACUUUCCUGCCACUCCAGAAACAGCAUCCACGUCCGCAGCAAAGCCAUGGCAGCCGAACGCAGCUUCCUCGAUAGCGUCAUUGACGAGGAUCCACAGACAGCUCUGGAGGAACUUAAUAAAGCCUUGCGAGGAGACCCUGAAAACGCUGAGUGGUAUUGCCAGCGUGCCUAUGCCCACAUACUUCUCAAAAACUACCGCUGUGCUGUUGAUGAUGCCAAAAAAGCCCAGCAGCUAAAACCCAGCCUUCCCCUUGCUUUCAUGCGAACAGGAAUAGCAGAAUACCACCUGAACCACUAUGAGUCAGCUGAGGCAGCUUUCACUCAGGGACACCAACUGGAUGUUUCUGACAAAUCAUUUGAGCUCUGGAUCAGGCGAUGUGAGGAGAUGAUGCCAGAGAAGAGACAGAGCAGCGGUGCCAACAGGCAGACACCAGCGGCUCCAACUGUGAAACAUGACUGGUACCAAACAGAGGCUAACGUCAUCGUCACAGUCAUGGCAAAAAACGUACCCAAGGAUGGUGUGUGUGUCAACUUCAUGGAAAAAGAGCUCUCUGCCACGAUACAGCUGGCAUCAGGGGGGACUUACAACCUCGACCUCCACCUCAUGCAUCCCGUGAUCCCUGAACAGUGUAACUUCAAGAUCCUCACCACCAAGGUGGAGUUCAAGAUGAAGAAGACAGAUGCCAUCAGAUGGGAGAAGCUGGAGGGAGAAGGACAGGAGUCCAACAUCAAACACUUCAACCCUACAGAUCAGUACCCGACAUCGUCCCACCACUCCUGCAAAUGGGACAAGAUGGUGGUUGACAUCAGCGAGGAGGAGAAAAAUGAGAAGCUGGAGGGAGAUGCAGCGCUCAAUAAGCUCUUCCAGCAGAUCUACAGCGAUGGUUCAGAUGAGGUCAAGCGAGCCAUGAACAAGUCUUUUAUGGAGUCCGGUGGUACAGUCCUGAGCACCAACUGGAUAGAUGUGGGCAAGAGAAGAGUGGAGAUGAACCCACCAGACGACGUAGAGUUCAAGAAGUACUGAGCAACUCUUUCUUUCUCUCUCCUUCCUCUGUUUGACAUCAUCUCUCUGCACAUUUGUCCAUCUCAACUCCAACAGGAGUCCUCGAUGCCCUGCAGGCUCCGCGGUUGUCCACUUCCUCCACUUCCCAGCCCCUCAGUUGUGCUGUUGCUUCUAUUUUCACCAAGUGCAGGGAGCCUCAGCGUUCCCACUUUCAUUCGACCAAACCACUCACGGCCCACUCUCGGCAAUAACUCACUACCACAUUAAUUUGAAAAAUCUGUUGAACAGAUUGAUGCACAUUAUCUGAUUUUUACAGGCCAAAGGACUCAAAGGGAAGUUUGGAUUAAAAAAAAGACUGACAGACCUGAAAUGCUCCAAAUCAACUUUAAUGCUUCUUCUCUGUCCUCUGCCUCUCCUGAUUUUCUCUCAAAUGCCCACAGCCUUCGUAUUCUGGAGCCUUUUAUGACUUAUUAUCAAUACUUGUAUAAAAUUGUAAAGUUGUGAAAAAGAAGAAGCAGGUGAGAAAUGUUUAAAUGAUAUCUAUGAUUACAUUUCUUGGCUUAUGCAUUUUUUUCUGUACACAGUAAAAAGUCAACAGCAAUACUCUGCAAACUGACUUGUCUGGGAUGCGUGUGACAUGUCAGCCAGUGGCUUAGCACAGGUCGUUCCCUCAGUGUGAUUCAAGCUUCAGUGUAAAUAAAAGAUUUGUUGUUUGGCUCACAAA